AUGUUCACCCUCAGGAAAAGAAAGUUGCUAUAUAUUCUUCUAGCUACUUGUACUGUAUUAUUUUUACUAGCGAUUCAUUCGAGUUUAAUAAAUCACCAACAACUAUCAAGCAAUGAUUGGUCAUUGACGUCAUUUGGAGAUAAAUUUGAUUUUUCGUAUUUACCUAAUUUGAGUGAUAGUUGGAAAAACACCUAUAAUCGGUGGAAUUUAAAGUCAUCAGAUACAGAACCACUUCAAGCAUCGAUAAUCGAACCAAAUAAUGUACAGUUCAACUUUAUCAACAACAACAACAAGAGAACACGAGAAGAGAUCAUUGAACAAAAUUCCCAAAAAUAUGCUAAAUUAAUGAGUACUGAAGUGGGGAAACCGCAAGACGCGUCAUUAGUUCCACCACCUGAAGAUAAACAUAUUUAUAAUCGAGCAAAUGCCACUAUAAUAGCAUUAGUUCGGAAUUCAGAAUUGACCAAGAUUGGACAAAGUAUAAGAAGAUUUCAAAAGCUGUUUAAUAGUAAAUUCAACUAUCCUUACACGUUUAUCAAUGAUGAACCAUUUACUGAUCGUUUUAAACAAAAGAUUAAGAAAUAUACUGAAACUGCUCCAGUUGAGUUUGUCACUAUAAAACCAGAAGCUUGGCAAAAACCACAGUCAAUAGAUGAGACAAAGGAAGCUAAGGCAAUGCAGGUCAUGUAUGAUCAUAAUAUUGCUUAUGCUAAAAAGGGUUCGUAUCACAACAUGUGUCGAUUUUAUCUGGGUCAAUUUUAUAAUGUACCUGAAUUACAAAAAUAUAAAUAUUAUUGGAGAAUUGAGCCACAGGUACACUUUUAUACUGAUGUUACUUAUGAUGUUUUCAAAUAUAUGGAAACAACGAGUAAAGUUUAUGGAUUUACUGUUAGUUUAUACGAUAUUGAAGAGUCAGUUAAAUCAUUAUGGCCAGAAACUUUAAAAUAUUUAAACAUGGGGGAUAAUUAUAAAUAUGUUAAUCAGAAUGGAAGUUUCCAAUGGUUAGUGGAAAAUUUGCAGAAUCCACACAAGACUAAAACAGCAGGUGGGUAUUCAACAUGUCAUUUCUGGUCAAAUUUUGAGAUUGGUGAUAUGGAUUUUUUUAGAAGUGAAGCAUACAACAAUUGGUUUAAAUACUUGGAUUCUACUGGUGGGUUUUAUUAUGAACGAUGGGGUGAUGCACCAGUGCAUUCGAUUGGAGUUAGUCUUUUUGCUGAUAAAUCCAAGAUUCAUUGGUUUAGAGAUUUGGGAUAUAAUCAUGAUCCAUAUUAUAAUUGUGCCAAUACUCCAUUCACUGCUCAUUGUGUGGUGGGGAAAUUUAGUCGAUAUGAACACCUAAACGAUCAAAAUUGUCUAAUUAAUUGGUUAGAAUAUGAUGAAAUUAAAGAUGUUUAUAGUAGAAAUUAG